CUUCAAACCGGAAGUUCUUGUAAUUCCGAGGUGACUUGAAUGUGACAUGAAGAUAAACAGACGCACACCGUCAUCAUGCAGAUAGCUGAGGUUCCCAAACGACACAGACACUUCGCUAACACAACAUUUAUUUAAAAGGGAAAAGUUGUUUGUGUGUGCCGGAGUGUACUGCCCGUUAAACGCAGAGACGGUCCCGCCACUCUUUGACAAACACUCAUUAUCAGGAUGGUGUCAUACAAGCGGCUGAACCCUGAAGAUGUUCAGUUUUCUACUGCAGUAUUGUCCGAAGAGCCUCGUCCUGUCCAGGAAGAAGUUCCAGUCCCAGAGCCAGAGGAAGCCUCCUUGCUUCCACGGAGGCCGACAUGCUCUGUCACUACAGCCCUCCUGAUCAUUGGCUGCCUGCUGCUGCUCCUUUGUGGAGGCUGGCUACUGGGCACCAUGUUUUGGUUGCACAGGCCGUCCAAUCAACAGCCACAUAGGCCGCCGUCGCCGGCCUCUGAACAAACACCAGGAGUAAAAACAGGAGUGAAUGACACUGCAGCUGCUUUGCGCCGUGAGGCUUGCAGUUUGAUCCCUGAGGCGUGGAGGUUUGAUUGCUACCCUGAAAGAGGGGUGGUUGUGACUCGAGAGUUGUGUGAGGCAAGGAAUUGUUGCUUUAUCCCUGCAUCCUCUGCCAGCCGUCCAUCAGGGAGAAAUGGUAUCCCCUGGUGUUUCUACCCUCUGGAUUUCCCUUCCUACUCGCUUGUGUCAAUAAACGACACAUCUCUGGGACAGAAAGGUACGUUCAUAAGGGAGGUGAAGACCUACUACCCAGCAGAUAUCCUCACUCUAGAGGUGGAGAUACGCCAUGAGACAGACACACGGCUACAUGUCAGGAUCACCGACCCUUCUAAUUCACGUUUCGAGGUUCCGAUCUCUGUUCCCACCGCUACCAAGAAGGCAGAAAGUCCAGAGUACACCGUGGAGCUUUCAAAGCAGCCAUUUGGUCUCAUUGUGAAGAGGAGCUCUACAGGAGAAGUGCUUCUGAACACCACAGUGGCUCCUCUCUUCUACGCCGAUCAGUUUCUCCAGAUCUCCACCUCCCUGUCAAGUCAGUUCAUUUACGGCCUAGGCGAGCACCGCUCCACCUUUCUGCAUGACAUCCACUGGAACACACUCACCAUGUGGGCCAGAGACGUGCCUCCUAUGGAGCAGACAAACCUAUAUGGAGCGCAUCCAUUUUACCUGGCAAUGGAAGAUGGAGGGAACUCACACGGCUUCUUCAUGCUGAACAGCAACGCAAUGGAUGUGAUCCUCCAGCCUGCUCCGGCCCUCACCUGGCGUGCUAUUGGUGGAAUUCUUGACUUUUACGUUUUCCUUGGUCCUGAUCCUGCGUCAGUGAUUGGACAGUAUGUGGACGUCAUUGGCUACCCAGCGAUGCCCAUCUACUGGGCUUUAGGCUACCAUCUCUGUCGCUGGGGCUACAACACUAGCAAUUCUACCUGGGAUGUUGUCAAGAGCAUGAGGAAUAAUCGAAUACCUCAGGACGUCCAGUGGAAUGACAUCGACUACAUGGACCAAUUCAUGGACUUCACUUAUGACCCAACAAAGUUUGACACACUGCCUGAGAUGGUCAAGGACCUGCACGCUCACGACCAGCGCUACGUUAUCAUCCUGGACCCGGGUAUCAGUAGCACACAGCCUGAGGGCUCAUACUGGCCGUACGAUGAAGGGCUAAGAAGAGACGUUUUUAUUAAAGAUGCUGAGGGGAAAACACUUAUUGGGAAGGUUUGGCCUGGCCUGACAGCAUAUCCCGAUUUCUCUGACAAUGCGACACAUGAAUGGUGGUACGACAACCUUCAGAGGUUCCAUAAGAAGGUGCAAUUUGAUGGAUUAUGGAUUGACAUGAAUGAACCAUCGAAUUUCCUGGAUGGUUCUACCAAUGGCUGUCCAUCAAACAGUCUUGAAAAUCCUCCUUACACACCCGGUGUACUAGGAGGUUUGCUGAGAGCCAAAACUGUGUGUGCCACUGCACAGCAAAAGCAGUCCAUACACUAUAAUGUGCACAGUCUCUAUGGACUUAUGGAAGCCAAGGCAUCUGCAAGCGCUAUGAAACGGAUCACGUCAAAGAGACCUUUUGUGAUCUCUCGCUCCACCUUCCCAAGUCAGGGGAUGUACUCUGGUCACUGGCUGGGAGACAACAGGAGCCAGUGGAAAGACCUGUACACGUCUAUAGCAGGUAUCUUGACCUUUAACCUUCUGGGCAUCCCGCUGGUGGGAGCAGAUAUCUGUGGAUUCGGCGAGGAGCCGCAGGAGGAACUCUGUAUCCGCUGGACGCAGCUAGGAGCUUUCUAUCCCUUCACACGCAACCACAACGCCAUCGACAUGAAGCCUCAAGACCCAACAGCUUUCAGCCCUCUGGCUCGUACAGCCAUGAAACAAGCUCUGCUGCUGCGUUAUUCUCUAUUCCCUGUCCUUUACACUCUCUUUCAUCAUGCACACGUACACGGACACACUGUUGCAAGGCCGCUAAUGUUUGAGUUCCCAAAAGAUGUCAGAACUUAUGGGAUUGACAAACAGUUCCUGUGGGGGAAAAGUUUAUUAGUGACACCAGUGUUGGAUCCUGGAGUUGACUAUGUGGAUGGAUAUUUCGCAGAGGGUCUGUGGUAUGACUACUACACGGGCAACCCCGUGCCCAGUAAGGGUGAAGAAAUUCGACUUCACGCUCCUCUAGAUAAGAUCAACCUACAUUUGCGUGAGGGCUCUGUUAUACCUACACAGAUGCCCAACAUCACCCUGUGGGUAAGCAGCGGUCAGCCUCUCCAUCUCGUCUCGGCUCUCUCUGAUGAUGGUUCUGCCACUGGAGAUCUGUACUGGGACGACGGAGAGACCAUCGACGCCUACGAGAACGACCAGUACUCCUACAUCAUCUUCAAUGUUGCUCAGAACGUGAUGACAUCAGAGGUGUUGCAUAGCAGUGUGGAGGCCACGUACAUCACCGUGGAGACGGCCUCCUUUUACGGUGUGAAGCAGAAGCCGAGUAGAGUGCUGGUGAACUCCCAAGAUGCAGUGUUCACCUACAGCACCAACAAGAUGUUAACAGUCACAGAUCUCGGCCUAAACCUCAGCCACAACUUCACCAUCAGCUGGAUGUAACCAGAUGUUUUUCAUUGAGUCAUUGAUUCAUUGGUUUUAUUUGCUGUUAGCUAUUUAAAUCACAAGCUGGCACACAGUGCAGUCUGUAAGUGUUUAGACGGUGAAGUUUCUUUUAGUAUUUUGGCUGAAUACUCCAGAACAUGGAGGUUAAAGGGAACAAUAACUGAAGUGUUUGCAUUAGGUGAGCAGUGUAGAGAAGUGAAGCUAAGAAUCAGAUCAGCACUUAAACCUCAGAGUCAUUGUUUAUAUGUGCUGGAGUAUAGAGACAAAACAAACUGUCCGAUGAACAAUAAGACAGAGUUUAGGUACUCUGGAGUGAGUGAGGUAAAGUUCGAGUUCCUAUCUUAUUUAUAAAAUGGACAACUGACCUACAGUAGUCUCAACACAGCUUUAAAUAUCUGUGUCGCCUGACUAAAACAAAAAGCCUGGCUCGGCCUUAGUUCAUAGAUCAAAUCUGCAUUUUAAAAUUCUCAUCAGCAGAAAGACGAUGUGCAAUAAGUGAAAGAGAUUAUCUAUCUUCCUAAAAAUGUGUCUGAAUAUAGUUCAGGAUGUAAAAUAUUGUGUUUUAAUGCUGUUUACAGCCUAAUUUUGCACUAAUUAGUAUACUGCAGUAUCGUAAAGGUAGAUACAGGUGCCUUAUGAUUCCUGUGUGUGUGUUUUUGAGCGCCUCUGGGUUUGUUUUAGAUCUUUUGUUCAGCUUUAUAUCCUACGCCUGUUUUCAACUAUAAAGACCGUAGUACUGCUAUGCAUGAAGAUCACUUGCAUAACUACAGUAUAAUAGACCAGCCAUAAAUGUUCUGCAAACAUUUUACUGUGAAAUUUCUCCUCUGAUAGCAGAAUGCAACUAAACACAGAUAGAGAUACGUUUCCUGGGCAGGUCCGAGUGACAAAGUCUGCUCAUGUUUGACCUUGAUGCUGUGAAAAUCAGAUUUUAAUUCAUAGUUUUGUGAAAACCUUACACCUUUUUAAAUCAACUUUAAAACAUGAGAAUGAUAUGUUUAAGAAGCUGUCAACGCAUGUGUGCUGCAAAGCAAAACUGUUAUAAAUAUUUUUCAGCAUGUAGAGACACCAGUACAGAGUAUAUUUUAACUGUCAGUUGUUGUGAGGGAACUGAAUUGUGACUAAAUAUUUGCAGCAGUAUUUUAUGAUGAAUUCUUGUGUUUAAUUAUUUUGUGUAAUUGCUUCAAUGUAAUUAUAUGUCCGAUAUGAAAACUACUGGAUUGUACUGGAUUUUUUCUAUCCUUUUUUUUUUUUUUAACCUUCUGGGGUCACCGACAGGUAAAGAAAAUGGAAUUUUGAUCCUUUGGUGAUGUCUCGACCCCAAACUAUU